CGGUGACACACUGCUGGGUUUUACUCAUGAGUACAGCUGGUAUGUAAAACAGCUGGAGCUGCUGUGGGCAGGAGGUGUGGACGAGGUUUCAGAAGCAGCUGAAGAAAGUCACAGUGAACACUUCAAUCCAUGGGCCUGAAAAAUUCCCACCCCAAGCUGUUCCCGGGGGACAUCGUGGAGUAUCCCAGGAACAAAUACUUCUCCCACUUCGGAGUGUACUACGGAGAGAGGGAUGGCGUUCCCUACGUCGCUCAUCUGACAUGUCGAGAUUCAGACACGAUGUUCCCGCUGUUCGGCCGAGCGCUGAGGUCUGAAAUCAAACUGGAUCCGCUGGAGAUGCUGGGGACGAAAUACAAGGUCAGCAACAUGCUGGACGGCUGGCACUCGGCCCGGGACUUCCACAGCGUAGUGAAGCCGGCAAUCGACGACAUGAUGGGCCGUGAGGUCACCUUCGACAUCCUGUUCCACAACAGCGAGCACCAGGCGACGCUCUUCAGAUACGGAGUGAAGAAGUCGGAGCAGAUCGAGACUAUCUACGAGCACAUCAUGCCUGCCUGGAAGAAGCUGAUGGAGAGGAAGGAGCUGUGAGAGCUCACAGCAGCCAGUGGAGGGCGCCAUUCUCCUCAGCUGAACCUCCGGAAACCUCAGAGACCACCAGGACUUCCUCAAUCAUCCUUCCAGCCUCACUUCCCUGGUUCCUUCCCUCCUUAUUUACACCCUUCAUUCAUUCCAUCCCUCCUUCCUUUUUCCUCUUUUCCAUCCUUCUUUUGCUCCACACUUCCUUCCUUCCUUCCUUCCAUCCUUCCUUCAUAUCCACUUCAUUCCUCCCCUUCUCAUUUCUUCAUCCUUCCCUCCUGUCCCUCAUUUUUCAUCACUUUCUUCCUUCCUUCCUUGUUCCUUUCUUUCCUUUCCUGCCUCCUUCCCUCCUUGUUUUCUUCCUUCCCAUCCCCUUGAUUCCUUCAUUCCCUCCCUUCUUUCUUCCUUCCAUCUUUCUUCCCUCCAUUCUUCCUUCCUUCUUUGCUUCUGUCUUUCCUUCCCUCUCCUCUCCUUCCCUUCAUUCCUUCCUUCCUUCCUUCCUUGCUUCUGUCUUUCCUUCUCUUCUUCUUUCCUUCCUUUUGUCCUUGUUUCCAUCCUUCCUUCUUUUCCUUUUCCUUCCCUCCUUCAUUCAAAUGAUCAGAGUUCACCAGAUGUUCAUCAAACGUUCAGUUUAUUAGAAGAAAACUUGAUUUACAGAUAAAAUGGUAUUUUGAGUCACACUGUUGAUAAUCAGAGACAAAGUUUUAAUGCAGAUCGAGUUAUUUAGUAUCAGUUUUAGGGGAAAAAUGUGUAAUGUGACAUUUCUACUGUUUUUCUCUCAGGUGAUUUGAUCCUGUUCAACAUUUCUGUCCCCUGAUGUUUUUAUUUUCACUCAUUCUUUCUGUUUAUUCGCUCUUGAUUCAGUUUGUUUUUAUUCAGUCGCUGCAGAAUUCUGCUUCAACUGUUGAUUUCUAACUUUAGUAAACUUUUGUUUGACAGAAUGAAUCUUCA